CAAAGAGACUGUGACCCAUCCCUGCCCAGGAAGGAGGUGAGGACAGGAUGAUGGCCAGACCAUACUAUAUGGUAGUGGCCCUACUGUUGCUGGCAGAGUUCACCAGGUUUGGAGAAGGAACACCUAAUCCCGGGUUCGUGGCCAGGAUCACCAGAAAAGGCCUGGAAUAUGCCCGUCAAUAUGGAGUAGCCACCCUGAAGAAUGAGCUGUCCACCAUCGAGUUGCCUGCUUUGUCAGGAAGCUACGGAAUUGGUUGGCUUGGAAGCGUGGACUAUGUGUUUAGUGGAAUGAGGAUCCAUCACUUCUUACUCCAGGACUCCCAGCUGAGUCUACACCCAGGACAGGGUAUCAAAGCCUCCUUGUCCAAUAACUACGUAUCUGUCAGUGGGAACUGGGAGGUGAAAAAGUCUUUCAUCACCUUACAUGGUAUGUUUGAUAUGAGUGUGGAUGGCAUUUCCAUCUUGGUUUCUCUGAACUUGGACAAGGACCAGUCUGGGCGACCCACUGUCUCCGUGACCUACUGCCACAACUCCAUCGGCCAUGUCAGCAUUGAAAUUUCUGGACACAUAAGCUGGAUCCUGAACCUCUUCCAUGAAAGAAUUGAAAACAAUGUCAAAACCAUCUUGGAACAAAAGAUCUGCAAAAUGGUCAACGAGUCAGCAGCCUUCCGCCUGGAGCCCUAUCUCCGCACUCUGCCAGUCACCUCAAUGAUUGACCAGAUUGCCGGCAUUGACUACAGUUUAGUAGGAGCUCCCCAGGUGACCUCCCAAGGCCUGGAUACACCCUUCAAGGGUGAAUUCUUCGGCAGAAACUGGAACUCCUUAGUCCCCUUCGAUGCUCCACCCAUCACGCUGCCCCAGAAACACGACCACAUGAUCUACUUUGCCGUCUCCGAAUAUGUCUUCAACAGGGCCAGCAGGGUUUACCAUCAGGCCGGGCAAAUGAAAUUCACCAUCCAAAAUAAGCAUAUACAGAACCUAACGAAGUUUAUCAACCAUAAGUCAGCCAAAAACUGGCAGAAGCAGCAUCUGAGGCCCCAUUGCCUGACCUCCAAGUCCAUGCCUCUAACUACUCUGGUGUCCUGCUUCUCAAGUGGCUUCCUGCUUGGUGUGCUGCAGAUUCCCUUGGACUUCCCAAUCCAGCUGAAUACCAGCUCAUUCUGGGCCAUUAUUCCUCAGCUGGCCAGGUUGUAUCCUAAUAUGGAACUAGAGCUUGAGACAUCACCUGAAUCAGCUCCAUUCCUGACAUUCACUCCCGGAAAUGUAACGUUCAUGCCAGUGAUGGACAUCCAGGCCUUCGUUCUGGAUGAAGACUUGCGGCCAAAGUCUGCUGGCCGCAAGCCCCUCUUCCAAAUCAGGGCGAGUACCAACAUCUCCAUCACCAUCAAUGUGAACUCCAGCAGGAUCACUGGUUCCUUGACCACAGGGAGUGAGCUGAAAUUGGAACUGAAGCACUCCAACAUCGGUUUCUUCAAUGUGACUUUGAUGAAAUCCAUCUUCAAUUACUAUGCACUCCACAUUGUAUACCCCUCUCUCAAUGCAAAGCUUGAGGAGGGCAUCCCACUCCCUCUGCCAAGGGACACCUACCUCAACAGCUUGGAGUUCCAAAUCCACGAGAACUUCUUGUUCUUAGGGGCCAAUGUUGAUGUUGAUUAGCCUGACGAUGGAAGAGUAACUGCAGCUGGAGGAGUGGACGACACAAGUGGACUGCCCUUGACCUUGCGUCGACGAAGCUGCCUCUUCUCCCGUGGGUGUCCUCUGUCCUCAUGUCUUCAGUCUGCUGCCUGAAGACACACCUGACUUCCUCCACCCCUUCCCGUGUCCCUAUACUUUUCAGCUGUCCUCAGCCUUUCUCUGGGGAACCAACUCCAACUCCUUGCCUGUGGUCCCCUAGAGAAAACUUCAAUGACAGAAAAAAAUAUGAGCAGUGUUCAACCACCAUGUAGCCCAAAGCAUCCUGCUCAACAUUAAACAUAC